CACCAAGACAGAUAAACACCACUUAUGGUAUAGAGAUAAGUCGUGAAGGCAAUACCUUGACCUGCCUCUACCUAUUGACAGGUAUUCGGAUUAUCAACUCGGAGAGGCAACAAGGUCAAGACAUCUUCAGGAUUUCCCAAAGCCCCUUCAACAUUCUACAAGGUCAGCAAGCGAUAAGAACACGAUGCCAUUAAAGAAUAUUCCGAAGAUAUUGAGUCCAGAUCUGUUACACGUGUUAGCUGCUAUGGGCCAUGGCGAUGAAAUAGUGCUUGUAGAUAUAGGGUUUCCUACAAACUCAGUUUGCAAGAACGGGCCGAGGGAAAUUCGUGCAGAAGGUGUAGAUGGCCCAACAAUGCUGGAUGCUGUCUUGGAACUUUUCCCACUAGACGUGUACGUGGACAAACCGGUAGCGUUUAUGGAUCUACUACCGGUUGACAAGGCUCGUAACUACCCGUGUCUCGUCAAGGACAAAUUCCGGACACUGGUAAACAAACAUGAAGGCAGAGAAGUGGGAAUUGAAACCAUGGAGCGUACAAGUUUUUACGAACGAUGUAAAAAGGCAUAUGCCAUCGUACAUACAGGGGAGACAACUCUGUAUGGUCAUGUCAUCUUAAAGAAAGGAAUUGUGUAAUAGCCUAAAUCACAGUAACUUAAUCCUCCGUCCAGGCAACGCUCUUUGAAGCCAGGCGUUUUUGAAAAUACUUUUUGAACUGGUCAACGUCUGUGCGAAUAUCGUAAAAUUUCUGUUUUGACAUUCUUAUACCAUUAAAAAAACCCCGGAUGAUUCAUUUUUCAUCCAUUUCAACAAA